AUGUCUUUAAGAAACGAUAUCGAAAUCAUUGUAGCGAUUGAUUUUGGAACAAAAUAUUCACAUAAAAAAAAUCCGGAAAUAAUAAUAAACGAUUCUUGGCCGGGACAAAUAGGCGCUUUAAGGACAAAUACCGCUUUACAAUAUGAUGAAAACUAUGAAAAUGUAUUAGAAUGGGGUUAUGAAGCAUUGAUUAAAGAACCUCAACGAAAAGGUCGUGACAAGAAUUUUGCUAAUGAACCUGUUGAAUUAUUUAAACUUCAUUUGAGCGCAAUACCUGAUUCAGAAAAACCUCCAUUGCCUCGAUCAUUGGAUUAUAAAAAAGCGAUUACAGAUUAUUUAAGAGAAAUGGUACUCACUGUACCCGAAGAAUAUCCUGAAAAAUCAAAAAGAAUAUUAAGAGAAUGUGUUUAUAAUGCUGGAUUAAUUGAUUAUUUGCCUUCAGAAAGAUUAUUUUUUUCUACUGAACCCGAAGCAGUUGCAAUAUAUUGUAUGCAAAUAUUAAAAGAACUAGAAUUUUUUGGUACAUCUGAAGGCAAAAGUUUCUUGGUCGCUAAUUGUGAUGACGCCAUUGUUAAUUUAACUACAUAUAAAUUUAUAUCAACUGAUACACCGAGUGAUGUCAUUGAACAUACUAGUGAUUUUUGUGGAAAUAAUUAUGUGGAUAAAGAGUUUACUAAACUCUUGAAACGUUAUGUGGGUGAUGAAGCAAUAAAAAUAUUAGAAGAACGAAAUUAUGGUCAAAUGCUUUAUAUGAUGCAGGCAUUUCGGGGAAGAGUAAAAUAUUCAUUUUCUGGAAUUCAACAAGAUUUUAAACUUUGUGAAUUUGAUCUUGAAAGAUUAUGCCCUGCAAUUAUGAAAUAUGUUACUGGGUCAUAUAAAGAAAAAUUAGAAAAAGAUUAUUGGAUAAUCGGUUUUGAUUUUGAAACUACGAAAUCACUUUUUGAUCCUAUUAUUGAAAAAAUUAUUAGAUUGAUUUCAGGACAGCUUAAAAAUAGGAGUGGAUGUGAUGUUAUGUUUUUGUUAGGUGGUCUUAGUGACUUAAAAUAUUUUCGAAAGAGGAUUAGUGAAGAAUUUGAAAAUAAAGUAAAAUGUAUUUUUCCUAGAAAAUCUCAAACAGCUAUAGUACAAGGUGCAGUUGAAUAUGGGCUUAAGAUGGAAAUCAUCAAAGCUCGUAUUUAUGUAUCAAAUGUAUGGUACUCACAAUCUCACCUUUCAGAUUAG